AUGUUGGAAACCAAGCUUCACUACGCUGAAAAGCAGGUCGAUGAUUUGCUAGCAGAGAAGGCAAUCACGCGCAGUUGUAUCUCCGACGUUACUGGACUGCUCUCUGGUAUCACUGAGACUCAUGAUCCCAUGAUCUCCAUAACAGUAAAGAAGCAUUUGUCUGAAAUGCUAAGACCGGUGUUUGCUAUGUUACACCGAUUGGAGGGUGUUUCGAAACCGAUGCAUUUUCCAAAACAAGGGGAGAAGGCAGAUCCAAAGAUCAAACGAAUGAACUCCCCAAAGCUCCAAUUAAACCUCCUAUCAUCAAGCAAGAACCAAAGAAGAAAGAAAACUUAUUCAAUGAAGAACCCGUUGUUGAUGAUAGUGAAGACGAAGAGCCUGAUGAAGCUGAGCUCAAAAGGCGGGAGGCUCACGAGGCAUAGAUUGAUGAACAUGAUCGCAUCAUCAGAGAGGCAGAAGAAAAAGAAAGAGCUAAAAAGGAAGCUCAAGCCAUUCUCAAAAGCAAAAUGUUGUUAUUUCCAAAGUGGACCCUGA